GAGACCCUUCCCUUAGCUCGAAACUGGUGUUACACAGACGAGCAAACAAACAAUGGCUGCAAUUGAAGUAGUAGCGUCCUCUAUUUUCUCUUCUCCCCCUUCUUCUUCCUCUUCUUCUUAUCUCAAAUUCCCUUUGUUUCCCAAUUCAAUUAGACUUGAAAACUCCACCCAUUACUCAAGUGUUUCUCUCGAAUCCCUUCUCUGUCCCCUCCCUCCUCCUUCAAGAAACCAAUGGUCCCACCAACUUCACUGCUCAACAGUUGAGAAAGUAGCAGUACAAGAAAAAGAAGAAAACACAGAGAAAAUCCAAAUAAGUAAUCAAAGAAGAAAGCUUUUUGUACUAAACUUACCAUGGUCUUUGACUGUUCCUGAUAUCAAGACUCUCUUUGCUGAAUCUGGAAUUGUUGAGGAUGUUGAGAUUAUAAAGACCAAAGAUGGGAAGAAUAGAGGCUUUGCCUUUGUGACUAUGUCUUCUGGGGAAGAAGCUCAGGCUGCAAUUGACAAAUUGGAUUCUUAUGAAUUAUUAGGAAGGAUCAUCAGGGUAGAAUUCGCGAAGCGGUUUAAGAAACCUGCAGGAGCUCCUCCUCCUUCAACUCCUCCUCGAGGGGAAACACGGCAUAAACUUUAUGUUUCUAAUCUUGCAUGGAAAGUGAGGUCUACCCAUCUGAGAGACUUCUUCUCUACAAACCACAAUCCGGUCUCAGUUAGGGUUGUCUUUGACAAUGCUUCAGGAAGAGCUGCUGGGUAUGGUUUCGUAUCAUUUGACACAAAAGAAGAAGCAGAGGCUGCACUAUCUGCUUUCGAUGGAAAGGAACUGAUGGGCCGACCAAUUCGCUUGAAAUUCAGUGAAAGGGAUGCAGAUGGAUCUGAAAACAAGGAAGAACCGUCCACUCAGGAAAGUCCUGAAGAGCCAUAGAUCAUAUGCAAACUCUUCGACUCCUUUGAUUGCACUUCUAUGUGGAUCAUCGAGGUCCUCUUUAAUUCUUCUCCUUAUGCACAUAAUUGAUGAUUGUCACAUGAUAACCAUAGUUUUUGUAGACUCCAAAUCUUCUUUGUUUGACAUGUUCGUUUGGUCAUACUUUAAUGACCUUUUAUCUUGUUUCCUAGUUUGUUGAUUUCUGAAAUA